UGAAGCGUAGCUGUUCGCGCAGUCGAGCGUGGGACUUGGUCGGAGCAAGUUGUCUCGUUUUGGCGCAUGCUCGCUCGCUCGGCCUCGCCGAUCGCAUUGUUUCGAAAGUCUUACGGUACCUGCGAAAGCAAGCCUGUCGACAGGCGCGCGCGAAAUCGCGUUAUUCCGCGUCUAGUGUCUUUGUCUUUGCCGAGAAAAUCGGGAGGAAAGCCGAGCGCGAGUCCCGAAGAGGCCGCGAUCUUCAGAGAGAGAGAGAGAGAGGAGGGGGGGGAGAGGGAGAAAGAGUUCCGAUUCCGCGAGUAACGCUUGCAGUUGCGCGCGAGACGCCGUCGAGGUAACCUCGUGAGAUACGACGCUUUUCGAGAGGAAAGUUGACACGUUUUCGUGGAACUGAUUAAUCGUACGAUCGGAAUUAUCUUGGAGAGAUAACGAGAGACGCGAGCAUACGCCUAGUGAUUAAUAGAAACGAUAUAACCUCUUUCGAGAUUGUUUCGGGACGUGUUGCACGUGUGUAUCCUUGAAUUUUUGUGUACGUAUAUUUUUGUGUACGUAUAUUUUUGUUUUGUGCGACGCUUUGUUUUUUUUUGCCCUCUCCCUGGAGUUUUAUUCUGGAUGGUGAUAUUGACCGCGAAAGUGCGUCGACGAUCAAACGGUUGAAGGAAGAGGGGUUAUCUCGGCGAAGCUACAUAGGACGAUUCAUACGAUACGACGGCUUCGCGGAAUCCGCGCGGUCAUGUGAUGCAAUUCCCCGAUCCUGCUCGCCGCUCUCGCUAAGGAAGGAAAGGAAAGGCCGGCGAUGACGGCGCGGCUCUGAGACGGCCUGCCUUACCUCGCCUCACUUCACCUCGUUCACUUGCCCCGCCUCGCCCCGCUCUCACCUCGCCUCUGGCCAAGGUAACGUCGUACCUCGCGUUUCUCAUCCUUACCGGUGAUUCUGGGCGCGUGUGCGAUUCUGGGAUGGUGUGCGUCGUUGACGAACAACUCGGCGGGAGCAGCCUGUAACUUGUGGCAACAGCAGCUGGUGGUAUCCGCACGAGGGAAAGGAAAAGAAGGAGAGAGGUAGAGAAUCUAAGAGAGAGAGAGAGGGAAAGCUUUGUGAGGCCAGCCAUGCGGCCCUUUGGAAUAUCCUCGAAACGGUCCGCCGUCAGUAAAAUAGGUUCUCCUCGGUCGUGUGCAAAGUAAAACCCGCGUUUGUGCGCAAACAACUCACUCCUUUCGUCGAGGUCUCGCUAACACUCGACAUGGCCAUCUUCCUCUUUAACGGGUUUCUCUUAUUGGGCUUUAUCGUGGCUUCAGUACCGAAUGUUCUGGUGUUGGGUUCACCAGAUGCCAUGCAAAUUAUGGAUCAGGAUCCACUCGUGAAAAAGUGUCGCUAUCACAGGGAUUUUUCGUUGCUGGAGGCGCGAUGCUCGAAUCUGGGAUGGCAAGAAAUCGCCUUAAAUCUGAGGACAGACAUAGAGGUGUUGGAUGCUAGCGGGAAUCGAGUGAGGGAACUGACAAACAACGACUUGACUCCUUACAAGAGUCUAGCUUUCAUCUAUCUACGGGACAAUUUCAUUCAAAACAUCGAGGAAGCAGCCUUCGCUAAUCAGCUUUAUCUGCAGGUGUUGGAUCUCACGCAGAAUGGUUUGGACAAUCUACCUACGGGUCUCUUUCAAUUACCGUAUCUCCGCACGCUCUAUCUCAGCCGCAAUAAGCUCACCGAUUCGAUAUUCAACGUAGAGGUCACCUCACCCCUCAAGAUACUACAUUUAGACAAGAACAAAUUCACCAGAAUUCCGAAUUUAGGCGUUCAGCCGAAUAUCAAUUAUCUCAACAUGUCCAAUAAUAUCAUCACUUCGAUCAGCGCUGAAGAUUUGGCGCCAUUCUGCUCGCUGGAGACCCUCGAUUUAUCGAAAAAUGUGAUCAAAUUCAAUACUGGCGGUUGCGAAUGUCAAAUGUUCAACGCUUGGGUGAAACUACGGGAGAUCAAGAUCAAGCCUAAGUUCUACAAUUGCAUCAAUUCGACCGAAGAUUGCGCCAAUGCGCAAUUCAGCAAUCGGACGUACGAGCUGUACAACGAAUGCAAAUCCGUCAUACAGGAAAAGGUGGAGACCGAGAAGGCUCGAUCAACAUGGAUACUGGUGGUCUCAUGCGUCUCCGCGUUCCUCUUGGUAAUCUUCGUGGUGCUGUUUUGCGUGCACAAACGGAAUCGCAGGCGACGCAGGGAGCAACAGAAGGAGCAGCAACAGUUAACGGCGAACAACGCCAACACCGAGCUGCUCAAUAGUAAUCUGAAAGCCGAUAAUUCGUGAAAUAAUCGCCAGAAGAACAUAUAGCCGUAGAACCAUGCAAUGGCUCCUUUACAUCAAUGAUGAGAGUGGAAUUCUACGCAUUCCCGAAGGGAAUGAAAGUUUUGAUGUAUUCACUUUGAGAAAUAAACAACGUUUAAAAUAUUCAAGAAAAAAACUGUUGGUGUUUAUUAAGAGUUUAAUCGAUGGAUUUACAGAGAAUUUAAAUCGGAUAUAUCUGCGGUUACGUGCCUAAGUUUGUAUCUGAUCAUUAAUACACAUCGCGAUGUUCAAUAAACAUAAGAUUAUAUAACUCGAAUGCUCCUGGCGCGAUGCCAUUUUGAAAAAUAUUACAAGUUUUUGAGAAAAAAUGAGAUAUAUUAUUAUAUAGCUUCUUAAAAACGCGAACGACGCGAAACAGAAGCGUUAUCAUCCAGAAGCCAGAACAAAGAUACCGAACAAAAUAUGUUGGAAUGAUACUUAUUGUUAGAGAUUACUUAAGAUUUUGAAAAGGGAAACAGCUUUAUCGAAAGUACUCGUGAAGCUCCGUGGAGUUAUACUUGUAGGAUAUAAACGCGUUAACUUAUAAAAUGUGUAAAUGUUCUAUAUU